AUGUCCUCCGCUGAAGACUGCAUCAACGCCAGUGCCACACAUACCCCGGGAGUGUCAGAGCAAGGGAAACGCAGUGCCGCCGACAAGGACAAGCCGCAGCUUGGUGAAGGUCCCCAGGAUGUUAGUGAUGUGAUAUGCUCACUUGCUUUGUUCUACAUCCCGGAAUGGGAAAUGAUGGACCAUCUGGGGAAUGAGCAUGACUGGCUUCGCACUUCCUCAAUCGAGUGA